CGUCACGUGAUGCGUCAACCCGGCCCACGCGCCGUCACGUGAUGCGCCUCCUGCCACCCGCCGCCGCCGCUCAGGCUCGAGCGAGAAGAGCAACCGCCGGAUCCAGUCGUCCAGCGAAUAACGACCGCCACUCAGGCUGACACCGGAGCGUGAGCGUCUCUAACACAUGUCUCCUUGCAUGUUGGCUGCAGGAGAUCGACCAGGGCGGGCGGCUGCCAGCGCGUCUACUUUCGGGCGGGGGUAAUCGUCCUGUCACCUGCAGAGCUCAAAAUGGGCCGGAUACUGCCUGUCCCGUUGAGUUACUCCAACAUGUUGUGUUUUACUUCGGUGCCAGCAUCUGCAGUUCCUUCCCACACAGGUUCUCAUUCCACCCAGGGACACUCCAAAUGAUUGUGAAUAAAACCCCAUUGACAAGAGACAGUACAAGAGCCUUCCAACUAUUGCAACCUUCACGGGGUCCGCCCUGUUUCGACUAAUGCAAUCGACUAGACGUGCACAAACGGAAGAUCAAAUAGUACAAGUUGUCCAACAACUUUAGGCUGUGCACGCCACACGAAAGAAGAAGAAGCCUUCCAACUCAAGUCCUUUGCUGUCAACGUUACUCAGGGCGAUCGUUUUCUUUUUACCUUAAAUAAAAUCGACCCGUGCAAUUUUUUCAUGGUUAUCGAGGGGCGGUGGUGCCUCGCUAUCUCUUAAAUGGCCAUGGGUGGAUCUCAUGGGGUCACUGGCCCGUUCAUAGUUGCUCUCGGAAUUCGUGUUGCCCUCGUCUUUUAUGGGCUGUACCAGGAUCGUUCCAUGCAGGUUAAAUACACGGAUGUGGAUUACCAAGUCUUCACAGACGCCGCCAGAUUUGUCACUCAGGGGGCCUCUCCAUACAGAAGAGCAACCUAUCGUUACACACCUUUGCUAGCAUGGAUGUUGAUGCCCAACAUUUACUUCAUGGAAAUAUAUGGGAAACUUGUAUUCAUUAUAUGUGAUGUCCUUGCAGCUCAUCUCAUGCAUAAGAUCUUAUGCCUCCAAGGACUGGACAGUCGAAGUGCAUGUUGGUACUGCAGCCUAUGGCUCUUCAACCCCCUGCCAAUGGCUGUUUCAAGUAGAGGGAAUGCAGAAGCUGUUCUGGCAGUGUUGGUCCUAAGUACUUUGUUCUACCUAAAGCGCAGGCAGAUUGUGAAGGCUGCACUGUUUUAUGGGCUUUCUGUACAUUUGAAGAUUUACCCAGUGACCUAUGCAUUCCCCAUAAUUCUAUCACUUCAGACUGGCCAACAAGCAACAGAGAAUGAUACCCCAACUAUAAGAAAUAAACAGCAUCUUAAAAAAGGAAUAAGCCUUCUCAAUCCCAUGUUUAUUGUCAGACUGCUAAAUAAGGAUGUGCUUCUGUUCAUCACUGUUGCUGGCCUCGAAUUUCUUAUCCUAGGAGCACUCUUCUAUUGCAGGUAUGGUUGGGAAUUUCUGGAUCACACGUAUCUCUACCACUUAACACGAAGAGACAUUCGCCACAACUUCUCCCCAUACUUCUACAUGUUGUAUUUGACUGCAGAGAGUGAAUGGAGCUCAAUUCUGGGACUAGUUGCUUUCCUCCCACAGUUCCUACUACUCGUCAUCACAUCUUUUGCUUAUUACAAGGACCUUACAUUUUGCUGCUUCCUUCACACCGCCAUUUUUGUCACUUUUAAUAAAGUGUGCACUUCACAGUACUUCCUGUGGUACUUGUGUCUUUUACCAAUGGUUCUUCCACAUCUGACAUUUUCGUGGAGAAGAGGCAUUAUGCUCCUAGCUUUAUGGUUCACUGGUCAGGGAUUAUGGCUCACCCCAGCGUAUUACCUGGAGUUUGAAGGACAGAACACUUAUCUACUUAUUUGGUUAGCUGGGUUGCUAUUCCUUGCCAUCAACUGCUUCAUUCUCUUGGUAUUAAUCUCAAACUACAAGAAAAGGAAUCUGCAAUCAAAGACAAACACAGAAUAGCAGCAAGAAACCUUCUUUGCUCAGAAUAUUGCUAUUUAUUUUAAUGGAUUGCACGUAAAAUGUAUUUAGUUUAAUUGAGAGAUGCAGUAUGAAAACAGACCCUUUGGCCCACCAAGUCCACGCAAACCAUCGAUCAGCCAUUCACACUAGUUCUGUUAUCCCACUUUCCCACCACCUACGCAGUAGGUGCAAUUUACUGAGGCGAAUUAACCCACAUGUCUUUGGGAUGUGGGAAGAAAUCUGAGCACCUGGAGGAAAGCCACGGGAUAAAGAAGAACAUUCAAACUCUGCACAUAGAGCACCCGAGGUCAGGAUCAAACCUGAAUCUGUGGGCACUGCCAGCUGUGCCUCCCACUUAUUCUAAGCAUAAAUAUGAUGAAUUAGCAUUUUAUUUAUCUGUGAUGACUCUUAGAAAUGUAGUUUGAAUUAUGCAUGGUAUUUUUAUGCUACUUCUACUUACAAGAUAACCAUGUCCUUGGUUAGAAAUAUCACCAAUAUCAGGAGGGUUUUUCACUUAAUCUUGAUUGCCUUCUUUGAUUUGAGUGGAAAUUGUCACGUGUUGAUGAGUUAUCAAUAUAUUUCCUCAAUAUAUUCCCUAGGGUUAAUAUGACAGCUCAAUUUUUUUCUUUUGUUAACAUGAUAUGGAUAUACAUGGCAAGACUGGCAUUCAUUGUCCAUCCCUUAUUAACCUUACAAGAGAUAAUUGAAUGUUAACCACUUUGGUAAAUCUGAUGAUACAUACAUGAAGAAUAUUAGUGAAAUAGAAGUUUUGUUUUCAAAAUGUGAAACGUGCAGGUUGGCGCAGGUGGUGGAGCUCCUGCCUCGCUGUACAGAACACGGGUUUGACUGACCUGGGUGCUAUGUUGUUGGAGUUUGCAUGUUUUCCCUAUGAUCACAUGGGUUUCCUCCCACCUCCCAAAACCUUGCAAGUCUUUAUAAAUUGCCUCAAGUGUGUAGGAAGUUGAUGAGAGAAUGGGAUCAUAUAGAACUAGUGUGAACAGGUUAUCGAUGGUCAGCGUGGACUCAGUGGGUCAAAGGGUCCAUUUCCAUGUUAAAUAUCUAAACUGAACUGGUAGGUUUAUCGUUACCAGUAUUUGAGUUUAUUCAAUUACUUGAAUUUAAAUUCCCCAUUUGCAAUCAUAUGAUUCCGAUUCUUGUCUCUGAAUUGGCAGUCUAGGACUGUAGAAUGCAAUACUGGCAAACCCCUUGUAGAUGUCACUAAGUCAAAAAACUACAGUGAUAGUUGCAGCUAAUUUCACUGGCCAUUAGUUCUGUUUUAAGGCGCAUUCUCGGCCCCCAAAAAACGUGUAGGCUCCAAAUUGGUACUGAAAUACAAGUGUGGCAACUGGCAAGCAGAGACAUUUUAGAAAUUGUGAGGUUGUUAACUGAUUGGGAUGGAGGAAGGAUGGUGCAAUAAAUCCUCUGCUUAAUGAAGCACAUUUUUCCACACUGAUCGUGCUGCAGCUUCAUUCCAGAUCCCCAAAAUAAAAACAUGAUUUAUUUUUCCAUUAUCACGUUGCCUUAUAACAUUUAAGAAAGUCAAGAUAGCAGAUUUUUAUCCUGGAGCAAACAAAUCUUAAUGUCAAGGUGAUUGUAUAUUGUAAUGAUACUGUAAUAAAUCUGAGACACAUGCUGCAACCGAUAAUUGCUUUCAAUGCUUAUUUUUAAGAAUUGCCACAGUGCAACUUCAAAAGAUUUUGUGUUCAUCCAAUGAUUUUCUUCAGGGAUUAAAGUUAAAGCAAUAUUUAAAUUAUUCUUUGUGGAAAUAUCUAUUUCAAGGCAUUACUAAAGACUCUGAGCUUCUGCAGUAGGAAAGAACUGCAGAUGCUGAUUUAAAUGAUAAAUGAGUGGUCCGCCGACUCCCGACAUCAGUCUGAAGAAGGGUCUCAACCAGAAACGUCGCCCAUUCCUUCUCUCCAGCGAUGCUGCCUGUCCCGCUGAGUUUCUCCAGCAUUUUGUGUCUACCUAGCUUCUGCAGUGUUGUUUAUGCUCAGUGAAAUGAAGUAAAUUGUAUACAUUUAUGUACAAGACCUUGCUACAUAUUUAUUAUUGCAACUGCAACUCAAUAUAAAAUGUCUGCAUUGCUUGUUAUUAAAUG